CUGCCCCUCUCUGUCACAUGAGCAUGUUGGUCCAAUGGGAGCGGCACGCGGGCAGCCCGCUGCGUCGCCACGGCAACCUUGAUAACUUUGUGUUUUCAGCAAACUUGUGCGUGCUUUCUACGCAUAAGCGUGUCACAUGAUCAUCAUCAUCAUCAGGAUGAAGACGAGGAUGAUGAUUCUACCUCUUCCUCCUCCUCCCUCCUCAUCCCUUGCUCCCCUCCUCCUCUUCCAUCUCCUUUCCCUUCACAGUAGCGCCAGAGUCCGGUGGAGUGUCUCUUGCUCAAGUCCCUCUUCCUGCUUUCCACCUUGCGUGUUCUUUUUCUUUUUUGGAACUUCUGACGUCCAAACCUCACCUCUUCUUCUCCUCCUCCACCUCCUUCUCUUCCUCUCGCUCUUCCACUUCCCCCUCCGCGGCCGUCACCCAUCUGGACUGGAUCUUUUCACGCUUUUGCUGGCAUGAGUGCACCUCCGGUCCUUCGCGCUCCCAGCCCGCUCUCCUUCCCUGGAGGGCAGGCAGGGGGAGGAGAAAGAGGAGGAGGAGGAGGUGGCGGCGGCGGCAGCGGCGGAGGAGGCGUGCUGUCCUUUCACAUCCAGAUCGGUCUGAGCCGAGAGCCGGUCCUGCUGGACUCGGCGGAUGCGAGUCUGGCUCAGGUGCGCGAGGUGGCCUGCUCCAUCGUUGACCAGAAGAUUCCCGAGUGCGGCUUUUACGGCAUGUAUGACAAGAUCCUGCUCUUCCGCCACGACUCGGCGUCGGACAACGUUCUGCAGCUGCUCCGCUCGGCUUCGCAGAUUCAGGACGGAGAUCUGGUGGAGGCCGUCCUCUCGGCUUCGGCCACGGUGGAGGACUUCCAGAUCCGACCGCAUUGCCUGUUCGUGCACUCGUACCGGGCGCCCGCCUUUUGCGACCACUGCGGCGAGAUGCUGUGGGGGCUGGUGCGCCAGGGCCUCAAGUGCGAGGGCUGCGGUUUGAACUACCACAAGCGCUGCGCCUUUAAGAUCCCCAACAACUGCAGCGGCAUGAGGAGACGGCGCCCGUCCAUCGUGUCCCUGACGGGGGUGUCGGCCAACACGGGGGGGCGCCCCCUCUCCACUGAGCCCUCACCGCCGCUCUACGCCGACGAGGCCCUGCUGUCUCCCGUCAGUCCCAACAUGGAGAAAUGGUCGGCGGAGGCGUGGUGGGGUCGCGAGCGGCGCGCCAGCUGCCAGUCGUACGUGGGCCGACCUGUCCAGCUGGACAAGCUGCUGCUGUCCAAGGUGAAGGUUCCUCACAGCUUCCUCAUCCACUCGUACACGCGGCCCACCGUCUGCCAGCACUGCAAGAAACUCCUCAAGGGCCUCUUCAGGCAGGGCCUGCAGUGCAAAGAUUGUCGGUUCAACUGUCACAAGCGUUGUGCUCCAAAAGUUCCAAACAACUGCUUGGGAGAAGUUUCCAGAAAUGGAGAGUUGUUAAGUCCUGGGCCGGAAUCUGACGGCGGCACGGUGGACGGUUGCCUUGACGAUCAGGAGAGGGGCGGCAGCCUGACGGACGACGCAGAUGACAUGGUCGCUACGACAGAUGACAUGACCGUUGCCAUGACGACGGAGGUGGGGACCGGAGACCUGGGAGACUCCCAAGACCUGGAUGGAGAUGAGUCCAACCGAGCCAUCAGCCCAUCAACCAGUAACAACAUCCCCCUCAUGAGAGUCGUCCAGUCUGUCAAACACACCAAGAGGAAGAACAGCAAUGUCAUGAAGGAAGGCUGGAUGGUCCACUACACGAGCAAGGACACUCUGAGGAAGAGACAUUACUGGCGCCUGGACAGUAAAUGCAUCACGUUGUACCAGAAUGACACAGGAAGCAAAUAUUAUAAGGAGAUUCCGCUGUCGGAGAUCUUGUCGCUGGAGGCCGCUCGGACCUUUUCACGUCUCCCGGACGGCGCCAACACACACUGCUUCGAAAUCACCACCACGACCGCGCUGGUUUACUUUGUGGGCGAGGACUCGUGCGGCGGCCGCGGCGCCGCGGGCGCCAACGUGCUGGUGAGCGGCGUGGGUCAGGACGUGGCCCGCGUGUGGGAGAUGGCCAUCCGACACGCACUCAUGCCUGCCGUCUCCUCGGGCGUCUCCUAUGGUUGCCACGGCGACGGGCACAAGGAGAUCUCCAUCAGCAUUUCUGUUUCCAAUCGUCACAUCCAAGAGAAUGUGGACAUCAACUCCAUCUAUCAGAUCUUUCCAGACGAAGUUCUUGGCUCGGGACAGUUUGGAAUCGUCUACGGAGGAAAACACAGGAAGUCGGGCCGCGAUGUGGCCAUCAAGAUCAUCGACAAGCUUCGCUUCCCAACCAAACAGGAGAAUCAGCUCAGAAACGAGGUGGCUAUAUUGCAGAACCUGCACCACCCCGGCGUGGUCAACCUGGACUGCAUGUUUGAGACUCCUGAGCGCGUUUUUGUGUUGAUGGAGAAGCUCCACGGGGACAUGCUGGAGAUGAUCCUGUCCAGUGAGAAAGGGCUCCUGCCCGAGCGCAUCACCAAGUUCCUCGUCACGCAGAUCCUGGUGGCUCUGCGUCACCUCCACUUCAAGAACAUCGUCCACUGUGACCUGAAACCCGAAAACGUCCUGCUGGCGUCUGCCGAUCCGCUCCCGCAGGUGAAACUGUGCGACUUUGGAUUUGCGCGCAUCAUCGGCGAGAAAUCGUUCCGCCGCUCGGUAGUGGGCACGCCGGCGUACCUGGCGCCAGAGGUACUGCGCAACAAAGGCUACAACCGCUCGCUGGACAUGUGGUCGGUUGGCGUCAUUGUUUACGUCAGUCUCAGCGGAACGUUCCCGUUCAACGAAGACGAAGACAUCAACGAUCAAAUCCAGAACGCCGACUUCAUGUACCCGCCGCACCCCUGGAAAAACGUCUCUCCCGAAGGACUACCAAAUGUGGCUGGACCUGCGCAGCCUGGAGAGGCGCGUGGACGAGCGCUACGUGACGCACGAGAGCGACGACCUGCGCUGGCAUCAGCACGCCAGGCUAACCGGAGUCCACGCGCACGCCUUUCAGCAGGGGGCGUCACUCUACCUGGCCCGCGGGGACGAGCUGGAGACGCUGAGCGAGCGUGUCAGCGAACUCUGAAAGCAACAGGAAGAAAACACAGAAAAUGGAAGGGAACAAACAGGAAGUUGGUGCAAAAACAACAGGAAAUGGAUGGGCAAAAACAGGAAGUUGAUGCAAAAACAACAAGAAGUGGAUGGAAACAAACAGGAAAUAGAAAUACUAUAAACAAAAGGUUGAUGGGGACAGACAGGAAGUUGGGACAAAACGGACAGCAAGUGUCGUGCCAAGCAGCCGCCGCAAUCAGAAGCUUUCCUACUCGUCUUUUGGUUCCUUCUUGAGGUUUUUCUUUCUUGUGCCACUUGAUUUCGACACAAGCAAGCGACUGGUAGCAGCUCGUCUCGAUGUGUAUGUAAGCUAAACUUUGUUGACUCUCUGCCAUCAAACACCCAUGUGCUAGCACUGUUGGCAUCCUAUGCUAACGGUGCCUUUCUCGUUUCUCUUCGUCUUUUGUUAGCAUCCACCUUAUGGCAAGCAGUCACGUUUCAUUCCAACUAAAGCAAAAGCGUAUCGCUGCUUGUCACGGUAAUGCGCUAGGCGUU